AUGGCCAACACAGCCAACGACACGCCGGAAGGCAUCUUCUCGCUCCUCGAUACCGACCUCUACAAGCUCACCAUGCAAUGCGCCGUCCUGAAAUACUUCCCCGACACCCACGUCCGAUACAAGUUCACCAACCGCACGCCUCAGAUGAAGUUCACGAGACAAGCUUUCAAUUGGUUACAUGCUCAGAUCAGGAAGCUGGAAAUUGUCGAGGUGACAAAGGAGGAAAUCGAAUGGCUGAGAAGGACGUGCAAAUACCUCACACCUGAGUACCUCGACUAUCUACAGACAUUCCGAUUGCGGCCUUCAGAGCAGGUGAAGGCUUCAUUCAUGCCGGACAGUGAUGCCACAAGCGACUCAGUCACAGGUGAGGUCUCCUUGGCGAUCAGCGGUAUCUGGGUCGAGACAAUCCUCUACGAGAUCCCACUGCUAGCCCUCACAUCAGAAGCAUACUUUAAGUUCGUCGACAAGGAUUGGAACCACAAUGGUCAAGUCGCCAAAGCAAAAGAGAAGGCCGAGAAGCUCUUCGAAGCAGGCUGUGUCUUCAGCGAGUUCGGCAGUCGACGCAGAAGAGACUACAAAACCCACGAGAUGGUCAUUCAAGGCAUCCUCCAAGCACAAGAGGAAGCAAAGAACAACGGCAAGAACUGGAAAGGCAAACUCACCGGCACAUCCAAUGUCCACCUCGCCAUGAAACACAACACCACACCCUCCGGCACAGUCGCCCACGAAUGGUUCAUGGGCAUCGCAGCCAUUACGCAAGACUACGCCAACGCGAACGAGAAAGCGAUGGAAUACUGGAUCGGCACCUUCGGGCCAGGCGUGCUGGGAAUCGCACUCACCGACACCUUCGGCACGCCAUCUUUCCUCAAAGCAUUCGCCAAACCCGCUCCUUCAUCCGACUCCAGCAGAACCUCCUCCGCCUCACCCUCACCAACCUACGCACAAGUCUUCGCCGGCGUACGGCAAGACUCCGGCGAUCCCCUCGAAUACGUACAAAUGAUCCGGCAAUUCUACUCCAGUCAAAACAUCACCUCCCCCAAAACGGUCGUCUUCUCCGACAGCCUCAACAUCGACCGUUGCAUUAAAUACAAGCAGGCCACUGAAGCCGUGGGUCUCACACCCGCAUUCGGCGUCGGCACAUUCUUCACCAACGACUUCUGGCAUCUGAGUAAAGAUGAGAAGAGCGUGCCACUCAACAUCGUGAUCAAACUGAGUGAAGCGAAUGGCAACGACGCGAUCAAGUUGAGUGACGACAAGGGGAAGAAUAUGGGUGAUGAGGGGCUGAUGAGGAGUGUCAAGGAGCAGGUCGGGUAUACGGAGAAGAGUUGGAGGGAUGGAGAUGAGGCGCAUCGGUGGGAUAAGAAUGAGGGUUGAUGCAUCGAGGGACAUGCACGAGCAUGAGAGGGUUGCAGGUGAAGGACAGACGGCAUACGACCGAGCGAAGCGUACAUAGCGCAAGAUACCCGAACGACGAAAUGAAGAGCCAAUCU